GGGCAUGGGCCGAGCAUCUGUUUCCGAAUCUGGUGUUUUACAAGACCCAUGACAAAGUCAGUCCAGGUGGAAGCAGCCGACGUGAGGUGGAUGAUAGGAUGAACCGCCGACUCUCCCGAGGGAGGACACUUCGCGGCGUUGGAACAACAGGAGCUGUUCUUGCAGGAUCACGAAGAAUUCUUGACGCUAGUUGCGCCAAAUGUUACCAAGCCUCACCGAAAGUGACCCUUUGCCCUGAUGAGAGAAGAAUGCGGAGAGUUUCCUGAAGGGUGGCAUAUCGUGGUCGGGCAGCAAAAUGACAAGCUGACGACAGCAUCGACAAGGGCAGCAGAAGUAAAAAGAGAGGAUCGGUAUGAAUGCGCCGCGAAGCUGCUUCGAACCGCGCAGAAUGCCUGGACGAGAGAAUCUCAAGAAAAGGCGGUUGCUUCCUUUCCAACUCGUCAUUGGUAUUCUCCUCAUUUUAGGACCAACAAGCAUUGUCGACUCCUUUCUGCCCCUGCAGGACGGCGGCACUGGCAACUGCGCCAUGUGACUGCUGGAAUCGACCUGUCUUCAAUUCGGUCGGUGUUCCUUCAGUCCAUCGGCUCUGCUCAGAAAGAGUGCGCAGGUUGGCCUUGGAAAACCCGCAGAGAGGUCAGGCACUCCGUGUUGGAUCCUCGGCACAAUGGCACAGAGUCCGCGGAUGAAGCAUUAGAACCAAGAUCGAUCUGCGCAAGCGAGCGAGAGGGCUUCCAAGACCACACUGAUCAGGCGGUAUGGAGUACAGCUUCCAUAAGUCUAUCAUUUUGACGUCGGCCAGCCCACAUCCCGAAGGCAUUGCUGCAUCAGUUUCGGAACCUCGCAGAAAUGCUUCUUGGGUGAUCUCCGUCGGCAGACAUGAAGCUGAUAACUAUUCAUGUCUUGGCAGCGG